CUUUUUUUAGCACUGCAAAGUCAGGAGAUCCUCGGUUCAUUCCCUACGACACUUAUUUGUAGUUCGUACGUGGAUCAUUGGGAAAUAUAUGGAACAAUCCCGGGGAUAUAGCCCCAUACAAUUUUGCUAAAUCGGUGAAAGACCAGUUAUGACUAGAAGUAAGCCUAUCAAGAACAGAAGUUAAACAACAGGUGAGAGACAGACGCAGGCGUUGCAAUGGCCCACAGGAUGUCUUCUUCUUCAGAAAGGCCAUGGAGGCGUAGAACGUAUCUAAUGUCACAGAACUCCAGCUCAUCGAUGGGUAUCCCGAUAAGUAGUUUCAAGCAAAUAUCUUUGCCAACAGCUUCUUCGUCUCUGGCGUAUGAGUCUUUCUGUCAGACUAACCUAACUGUGGAUUGCACGAUGGAAGCAUGUUUUCAGCUCAUCAAAGAACUGGCCAAGGAGGUGAAGGAUAUCAGUAAGCAUGCUCAGAAGAGCGAGGUGAAAGAAGAGUUAACUGCAUCACUUAGCUUAGAUAGCAGUAGGAGUCUCAUUCUGAAGUGGUCCAAGGAGCUGAACCAACUAACCCGGCAUGCCCGGAAAAGAAAAUUGGAAAAAGCUGUCACUCCACCACCUAACAGCCUAGAGAGCAGCAGGAGUCUCAUCCUAAAUUUAUCCAAGGAGUUGAACCAACUUGAACCAUUCCAGAAGCGAGCCAUGGAUACAGAGGAUGAAAGUUUGGAUGAUUUUAGAGGCACAUGGGAAGAUAGAUGUUUGGAGAAGAAGAUCCUGGACUGGGCAGUAGAGCUGAAGAAUGUCUCAAAGGUGAAUUGUCUGUCAGAUGAAGACAUUGAAAGUCUCCUGCGCCCUAGUGGGAAGGAGUCAAGGCUGGCCAGUGCUCUGCCAUUGUUGGAGUUUGUGGCUUGGUCUCUGCUAACACAUGACGCUGAGGAGGACAUAUCAGUGCUGUGGUUAACGUCCAAACAGAGGGCAUGCAAGACUGGAAACUCCAUAUAUAUCCCCAAUUCAGCAUGGCAAUGGAUUCUCAGUGUUUCAGUCCCUAUGUGCUUGGACCCCAACACUAGCCACCCUUUGCUGGCUUUCUCAGAUGACAAGCUUGAGGUAUCGAGAGGGAGCCAGAAGCCCAAUGUCAUAGACCACCCCUGUCGUUUUAACUCAUGGCACUGCGUGCUUGGUGACAGAUUCUUCACCUCAGGGCAUCACUACUGGGAGGUGGAAGCAACCCCCACAGGGAGCUGGAGAUUAGGACUAACCACUGUAACUUCCUCCAGGAGGAAUCGGUUUGAGAUAACCCCAGCAAAGGGCUACUGGACACUCUGGGGUUAUUGGACCCAGAGUGGGUCCCGGCAGCUCUUUGCCUGUAAUGACCAAUUAAUCAAGCUUCCAAGUGUUAACCGGGUGGGCAUCUAUCUGGAUUACGAAGAGGGACAGUUGUCUUUCUAUGAUGUAGAGAAGAGGUCUCACAUCUACACCUUCUCUAUUACCUUUAAAGGGGGGGUCGUUCCUGUGUUUGCCUGUCUGGAUGCCUACACAAAGCUCAAAAUUGUGACACCGAAGAGAUUUCAGCCACAUUAGAGACACACAUUAGUACUCCACUAGAUGAAACUCCAUGGGUAAAACCAUAUAGUGUAUAGUGUUGAGUCAUCCACAUACAUAGACACACAAGGCCAAUGGUAGGUCAUUAGUAAAGAUUGAAAAAAAGUAAGGGCUGAGUUUGCCUUUUUGCCCAAAAUGUCAUUUAAGGUGCUCCAAAGCUUUUUACUAUCAUUCUGUAUGUCAUUUAUCUUUGUUUCAUAGUAUAGUUUAUUUUUAUUCAGUUUAGUCACAUGAUUUCUCAAUGUGCUGUACGUUUGCCAAUCAGUUGUGCAGCCAGACUUAUUUACCAUUCCUUUUGCCUGAUCCCUCUCAACCAUACAAUUUUUCAAUUCUUCAUCAAUCCACAUGGAUUUGACAGUUUUACAGUCAUUUUCCUAAUGGGUGCAUGCUUAUUAGUAACUGGAAGAAGCAAUUUCAUAAAUGGGUCAAGUGCAGCAUCUGGUUGCUCCUCAUUACACACCACAGACCAGCAAAACUUAUUUACAUCAACAACAUAGGAAUCAUUAAAAACAUGUAUUGUAUGACCUCUUAUACACUACACUGUAUUAGACCCAGACUUGACCCAGACUUUGGUUUUCCUAGAUAUGGCUACUAUAUUGUGAUCACUACAUCCAAUGGAUUUGGAAACUGCUUUAAAGCACAUUUCUUCAGAAUUAAAGAUGUGAUCAAUACA